AUGUCUCCUCGCUCUGCACAUCCGUCCGCACACCCAUCUCGUGCAUACUGGGACUCCAAGCCCCCUAGUGGUCCCCCUCAUCCUCAUUCACCUGCAGGUCCUCCUGAGGGUGGCCACUGGCGAUACGACCCUGCAUGCGAACAGGAAAGAGACGCAUGGGAGUAUGAACAGGAACAAGGCGCUCGACAUGCACUUCCUCAUCAUAUGGGGAGCAACUCGCGCCCUUCUGAGAGCCCAUGA